AUGUUUAUACAAUUACUUAUCCUGAUCACGGCGUAUAAUGUUCAAGUGUCAUCAGGUGCACAAAAAGAUUAUGGUACUUUCAAUUUGUUGAUAACACAGUUUGACAUUUGCAAAGGGCCAAAGCAAAAGGAUUGUGCAUAUUCAUCGGCCUUUAUCAGCAAUACAUCUACUUCAAUAAUAUACGAAAUUGAAGUUCUACAAAAUGUGUCGCCUACAAAGGGAAAAAUUGUAGCAGUAACCAAUGGCAAAGAAUUCCUUAGAUUACAAGUAAAAAAACCAUGCGAGCAUCUCUUUUUGAGGCCUCUCUUCAGUUCCCUCAUGAACGUUACUAAGGAUUGCUACAUUGUGAAAGGACACUACAAGUUCCAAGUUGACAUCCUAGGGAUUGCUGAGUCAUACUUCGGUGGCACAUUUGUGUUUGGCAACUGGACUUUCAAAUCUUUAUUCUACAAUGACGCUUGUAAUUUCUCUUGCGCCAAUAUACAAGUUACCAUGUCUCCGAAGAAAGAAACUAAAAGUUAAGAAUUAUUAUGAGUAGCUUAUUGUAUACUGUGGUAUAUAAGCAGCAAGGUAUUAGGUAUUAUUUCUCUUUCAUUAGACUCAUCAUUA